GCCUGAUAUAAAUAGACGACACUGCGGUCCAGCUCUCAUCAGAUUCUGAUCUGCAGUGUCAAACGAAACAAGUGAAAAUCCCAAUCCGACAGCCGUUCCCUCAGCUCUACAGGACCCCAGCAAUGAAGUGUAUCGUUGCCCUUGUGCUCGCGGCCACGCUGCUGGUCGCAGCCGAAGGAGGACUCCUCCCGUGGGUGCUUCCGCCCGGGUUCGCAAUCGCUGCGCCGGCCGGCCUUGCCCUUCCCGGAGCGACCGUAAUCCAGUCUAAUCCGCCGGCGACCGUCCUUGCCCUGGCCCCAGCCCCACACCCGAUUGCGCUCGAUGUUUCCGGUGCGCCGACCCUCGUCUUGGCCCCGGCUCCGGCCGCCCCAGCCGUUGUUGCUCUCGCUCCUGCCCCGGCGGCUACGGCCGUUUCUGCCACUCGUGGCGCCGUCCACGUUGCGCCCCUGCCCGGACAUUCCGUUUCGCAGACCCAGCUCAAUCUGGCCCCAGCCCCUGGAACCGAGUAACGCCACCCGAACCCGAACAGCUUACGCCAAAGGCUGGCGCGUACCGUGAGGAUCUGUCGGCUUAGUCAACGCUUCGCUCGCCCAUCGCCGACACAACCUCCGGGCGCUGCCGGCUCCAGUCUAAACCUCUGCCAAUCCGCCACUCCGAUGUAUCUGACCGAUACGCACAAAUAAAUGCAAGCUCGAAAGCCAAACCAAGA